UUCAGACAAUUAUCAAAAAGAAAGAGUUUGGUUAUUAAGACUCUUAUCUGCAGGUUUAAAAACCAAUGAAGAUUACAAGAUUUUCAAAAGAAGACAUGCAUGGGAUAUUAUAUCAGGAUAUUAUAAUUCAUCAUUAACUGAUAAUAUUACAAAGAAAAUUAUUAUAGAGAUUUUGUUUCAAGCAUCACCAAUAUCACAAGUUAUCACAGAUAUGGUUAAAAAUAAGUGUUUAAUAACAUGGAUUCACAAUUUAUGUGUUUCUUCUUUAACUAUGGGAAAAAAUUCAUCAUCAAUAUUUGGUUUAAGAAUAUUAUUAAGAGUUUUACAAGGCUGUAAGAAUUCAAUUUUACAAAAAUCAAAUGGAGUAUUGGUCAAUCAAGUUAUUUUUAUCUUAACAGGAUUACUAAAAUCAUUAGAUUUAAAUGCUAUAAAGAAAGAAACACUUUUAUGGUCAUUAAAUAUUUUGAAUGCAAUUUUAUUUAAUCUUCACUAUCUUUCACUUAUUUCUACUACAAAAACUAUUCUUUCAUCAUUUCAAAUUUCUUUAAUACUCGGAUAUCUUGAAAAAAUAGAAAUAAUUUUAAAUUUAUUAUAUGUAUUAGAUGAUGACUACAUAAAAAUGUAUAAACAAAUAAUUAGAAUAUUAUUUGAAUUAACUUUUAGUAAUAAUCAAGCCAAUAUUAUUGGUGGUGAUAAAGGUAAAGGUGAAUCAGAUCAAGAGUUGAUUAAUAAAAUUAUUGUAAGAGCAUUAGUUACAGGUGUUGCAAAAGAAGCAAGUUAUUGUGAUCUUACGUUUGAAAUGCUGUUUGCUUAUCUUCAUCUUUUCUUGCUGCAACUAGAAUAUAGAAUCAAGCCUACAAAGUUUUAUUAUUAG